UGAUUUUUUGUACUAAAACAUGGCAUACCUGUUUUUUGCAAAAAUCAAUGUUGAAGAGAUCAUGAUCGAUCACCUAGUAUAGCAUUCGAUUUAGAAAUGAAGCUAUACAAAAGUCGUUCUGAUAGUCAUCAACCCAAACCUUAUUCAGAUCAUCGUCAUCACCAAAACAAGAUUUCCCCCGAGGAUAAUAAUCAUCGAAACUGCAAACGUGGGGUGCUACUGCUGCUGAUUCUUGUUGCUAUAUUGAUGAACUUGACAGCUCUGGUUUUUGUCUCCAUGCUUCUGAAAGAUUCUCAGCUCUUCAAUGGCUUCUCGGCGGUGGUUUCCGACGCCGGAAGUAACCCACCCAUACCACCAAAAGAAGACAAUCUCCGGGAGCGGCCUGAGGAGGUGCCAAAGUUAGAUAAGCUACUCGGCGGUCUUCUUGAUCCCAGAUUUAAUGAAAGAUCGUGUUUGAGUAGGUAUGAAUCAGUGCAAUAUCUCAAGGAACUAAAGCGCCGGCCGUCUCCUUCUCUGAUCUCCAAGCUGCGAAGCUAUGAAGCUCUUCACCGGCGCUGCGGACCAUAUACAAAAUCGUAUAACAAAACCGUGGAACUCUUGACGUCCGGUGAACGGCCGUUUGCCGGCACGGACUGUAAGUAUGUGAUUUGGAUACCUGUCAAUGGGUUAGGAAACAGAAUUCUGUCUUUAGCCUCAGCUUUCCUAUACGCCAUUGUUACGAACCGAGUCGUUCUCGUUGCUCCGAUGGAUCACGUGCCGGAUCUCUUCUGUGAACCGUUCCCCGGAACUUCCUGGUUUCUGCCGGAGGAUUUUCCGGUUACCGGUUACUUCAAUGGAUUUGAGAAGAACUCCGGGUUCUGUUACGGGAAUCUGGUGAAGAACAAUUUGAUUGACAAGUCAAAAAUUCCGCAGUUCAUUUUUCUCAAUCUGAAAUACGACAUGGAUCAUUACGAUCAACUGUUCUUCAAAGAUGAAGAUCAAAAGUUUCUGCAGAAAAUACCAUGGCUGAUUAUGAAAUCCGACCAGUAUUUCAUCCCAUAUCUUUUCCUGAUGCAAUCCUUCAAAAAAGAUGUCGGGGACAUGUUUCCCGACAAAGAAUCCGUGUUCCAUUUCCUGGGACGGUACCUAUUUCAUCCCACAAAUCCCGUAUGGAAGUUGAUUAUCAGAUACCAUCAAGCUUACCUAGCCGGAGCCGAUGAGAAGAUAGGAAUUCAGGUUAGGGUGUUCGAGGAUGAACCCGGUCCGUUCAAACAUGUUUUGGACCAAAUCAUAAGUUGUACAAUGUCUGAGAACAUACUGCCAUUAAUAAACAUAGACCACGAUCUGGCUAAACUCAACAUAGGCAAAAAGAACAAUAAAACCAAAGCUGUGCUGAUAACAUCUCUGAAUUCUUGGUACGCCGACGUGAUUCGCGACAUGUAUUUGCAGUAUUCAACGGAGACUGGGGAGGUCAUCCGAGUUCACCAGCCGAGUCACGAAGAACGCCAGAAAGAGAACGAUGGAUUGCACUACGCAAAGGCAUUGGCAGAAAUGUAUCUUCUGGGGAUGAGUGAUAGAUUGGUGACGAGUGGGGAGUCCACUUUUGGGUAUGUGGCUCAGGGUCUUGGAGGUUUGCGUUCAUGGGUGUUGUACAAGCCGGAAAAUCGCACAGCUCCGGAUCCGCCGUGCCGGCCGUUCACCUCCGUUGAGCCGUGCUUCCAUAGUCCUCCGUUAGAUAGCUACACGGCGGCGGCGCUUGUUCCCCACGUGCGGCCUUGUGAAGAUAGAAUUAGGGGUCUUAAGCUUUAUCCCGAUAUCAAAUAGUGUGGAAACUUUCAAAUAUUUUAAUGUACACAACAUUAAUAAAAAUGAACAAAAUUUC